GCGAGGAGGCCCGAGGAUCCGGUUCCGGCGCAGUCGUGACAAUGGCGGCCUCCAUGCUGAGGCGUGCGGACCGCGCCUCGUGCAGGCUUCUCACACUUCGCCUCUAUCCUCCUCACGCCGACAUCUCCCUCCCCCUGCGGCUCCUCGCGCGGGGUCUCGCUGCCUCCUCCUCCUCCCCCUCCUCCUCGAGUACCGGCGGCGGCGGCGGCGGCAGCAGCAGCAAGAGGAAGUCGCCUUUUCGUAAAGGUGGGGAGGGAUCUUACAAAGGAGUACGCCAGCCAGAGAAAUGGAGGCUCAGGAUAGAGAAUUCUACGCUGCGGAGCGAGAGAAUGAAGCCAGACCAGGACUGGAGCAAUGUCUACGCCACGGCCGCCUCCUUCAAACCGGCCGCCGUGCCCCUGCCUCUCCGCAUGGGAUACCCGCUGCGGAACGCGGCUCCCCCGGACAAGUGGGGGAACCUGGAGCUCAUCAAAGUCGCCAAUUUUUUGCAUCUUACCCCACCGGCCAUCGAGAAACAUUGUGCCGCCCUGAAAGAGUUUUGCACGGAGUGGCCGGCCGGGCUCGACUCGGACGAGAAGUGUGAGGAGUACUUCCCCCUGGAGGUGCAGAGCACGGACUACGUGUCAGCAGGGCCCUCGCUACGCAACGCCAACGCCCGCAUCGUCAACCUCUCCGUCCGGCUGUCCAGCCUCAAGUUGGACGACCACGCGAGAAGGAAGCUCGUCAAGCUGGUGGGAGACCGUUACGACAAGGCGACCGACGUUCUCGCCAUCAGGACGGAGAGGUGUCCGGUUCGGAAACAGAACCACGACUACGCAAUGUAUCUUUUGACCAUCCUCUACUAUGAAUCUUGUAAAGUGGAGCCGUGGGAGGCCGAGAAGACGGACGCCGAUCAGGAGGAGUACGUGUGGGAGAAGAGCCCUUCCGAGCGCAACCUGGCCGAACUGCUGUCGCGAAUUCGGCAGUCGCGUGGCAAAGCGGAGGAGGAGGAGGAGGCGCCGAGCGACCCACGGCUCCCAAUGCCGAACGACGUGGAGAGCUACAGGAAGACGGUGACGGAGCUCAAGAACCUGGGCGACACGGAGGACAGGAUCGCGGCCUACAAGGAUUCCGUGAAGAGGCUCCUGCGGCUGAGGGCUCAGUAGUCGCGAGUGACGGUCUGUCGUCCGACAACGCGACAGCGUUUUGCGUUCCUGAAAGGAACGGCGCGUGAUUGGAAAGCAUCGCGUCGUGAUGAAUAAUAUACAUUGUAGGGUAAAGGCACGGGUCCGCGAGAACAUGUGGUACCUGAGGGCGCGUGGGUAGCAUCUAGAAGUAUCCAGCAGCAUCCCGCCUUGUGCGGUGCUACGCUGCUUACUCGUGCGACUUAGUUCUGUUCACUUCGCAUCCACGUUAUAAACGAUGUGUUCCCUGCUACAAUCAUCGCAUUAUAUAUCCCGAUUCGCGUUAUGAAUGCAGCGGCCUCUGGUCGCUGCAGGGGUCACGUAAACCCUUUGACGACGUGUACCAAUGGAAAACGUUUGAUUCUUACGCACGCGAUUCCAGUCCCGUGUAACGUGCGCUUGAUAGUUGAUAAGAACUGGCGGCAUCCUUGCUACAGCUCUGCUACGCGUACCACGUUGUGUACGUGAAUGGUUUAUUAUUUGUGCAAGAACGAUGCUUGCAAUUGCAAGGUAGAGAAUGCAUUUACGUUCGCUGGAGCGAUUAAACUUUUGACUGAAGACGUUUGA